CAUGACUUUCGCAGAAAAUCUUGCAAUAAAUCAGCAACUUCACCAUCUUCCAUUAAAAAUGGAGUUACCCAAUUUUCUAGUUUGAUUUCUAGCUUUAACAUUCUCUUUUCCACUCUCUCACGGACUAGACACCUUUAUAACUAAGUAACUCCAACUUUGGAACCAAGUUAACAAGUCAACCAUUACGAUCCAUCAACCCACAAAAUAUCUACAAAGUGAAGCCUUUUGCUUGGUUUUGUUUCUUUUAAUCUGUAUAAUAUCAUCAUGUUCUCACUCUUCUCUUGCUACUUUUCUUCUUCCACGAUGCACCGUGGAAUUGAUUUUCUACUGCAACCCAUUUUCACACGUGAGGUAUCUGCUUCACUACACCUAGUCUUGUUACUUGUGCUUGUUCUGUCUUGGGUAUGGAAGAAAGUGCACGUGGACCAUAGAGAGAAGAGUGAAAGAAAUGGAGUCCAUAAUUCUGGUUUCUUGUACUACAAACUCAGUCUGGUUUGUAGCUUAGUGAUAUGUGUGUUCAACUUUUUGUUGUGCUUAGUAAGCUACUUUUACUUGUAUAAACAUGAUGGUUCAGAGGAGCUUGUAGCACUUUCUGAUUUGGCUCUCAAAACAUUUGUUUGGGGUGCUAUUUGUGUUUAUUUACAUUCUACAAACUCCAAGGCUCAGGAUCCGAGUUUGCCAUGUUUGUUGAGAAUUUGGUGCGGGGUCUAUGCCUUUUUUUCUUGUUCUUGUCUUGUUAUCGACUUUGUAGUCUAUGGAAACCAUGUUUUAUUGCCAGUUAUGUACCUUGUUUCUGAUAUUGGAUCCUCUAUCACGGGUUUAUUUAUGUGUUAUGUGGGAUGUUGUGUUAACAAUAUGGCUAAGCUUGCCCCUCUUGAAGAGCCCCUUUUGAAUGGUGACUCUCGGGUAAGCAACAAUUCUGACCCCAGUAAGACUAGAGGAAAUGAAAAUUUAACCCUUUAUUCAAAUGCUGGAUUUUUCAGCAUUCUUACUUUCUCAUGGAUUAGUCCAUUAAUAACUCUAGGCAAUGGGAAAACUCUAGAUCACGAGGACCUCCCACUUCUUGCGACUGAUGAUAGUGCCUAUGGGAUUUAUCCAACUUUUAGAAGCAGACUUGAGUCAGAGUGUGGUAGUGUUAGGAGAGUGACCACUCUUAAGCUCGCAAAGGUUUUAUUCUUGUCAACGUGGCAAGGGAUCCUUUUAUCAGGUAUAUUUGCAUUCCUAUAUGCAUGUGCUUCUUAUGUUGGACCCUUUCUUAUUGACAUCUGUGUUCAAUACCUCAAUGGGGAACACAAGUUUAAAAAUGAAGGCUAUGUUUUGGCUAUGGCGUUUGUUGCUGCAAAGCUUGUGGAGGGACUUUCAGAGAGGCACUACAUGUUCAGGUACCAGCAGGUGGGGGUAAGGAUGCAAUCAAAGUUGGUGGCAAUGAUCUAUACUAAAGGGUUGAUUCUUUCAUGCCAAUCAAAGGAGGGUCACAGCACAGGGGAAAUCAUUAACUUAAUGACUGUUGAUGCUGAAAGGAUUGGUGAAUUUUGUUGGUACAUGCAUCAACCAUGGAUGUGUGUUCUUCAAGUUGCUUUGGCACUGUUUAUAUUGUAUAGAAGUGUGGGGGUUGCUUCUUUAGCUGCUCUUGCUGCCACUGUAAUUGUGAUGUUGGUAAACCUUCCCGUGGCAUCAUUGCAAGAAAAGUUCCAAGGCAAGGUAAUGGAGUUCAAAGAUAAAAGAAUGAAGGCUACAUCUGAGACUCUGAACAAUAUGAGGAUUCUAAAGCUGCAAGCAUGGGAGAUGAAGUUCUUAUCAAAGAUUAUUGAGCUUAGGAAGACUGAGGAGAUAUGGCUAAAGAAAGUUCUGGUUGGUACAACAAUUAUUAGAUUUCUCAUCCAUAAUGCCCCAACUUUCGUUGCUGUGGUUACUUUUGGGACUUGUGUGCUUAUAGGCAUCCCACUAGAAUCAGGGAAGGUCUUAUCUGCACUUGCAACAUUCAGAAUUCUUCAAAUGCCCAUCUACGUUCUUCCUGACACGAUUUCAAUGAUUGCACAAACUAAGGUUUCGCUUGAAAGGAUUGCAUCAUUUCUUUGUCUAGACGAGUUGCAGAGUGAUGUAGUAGAGAAGCUUCCGUGGGGUAGUUCAGAUAAGGCAAUUGAAUUAGUAGAUGGUAAUUUCUCGUGGGAUUUAUCUUCCCCUAAUACAACAUUGAAAGACAUAAAUCUAACAGUUUUUCAUGGUAUGAGGGUUGCUGUAUGUGGUACUGUUGGAUCAGGCAAGUCUAGUUUACUUUCUUGUAUAAUAGGGGAAGUACCAAAGAUAACUGGGACCCUGAAGAUAUGUGGAACAAAGGCUUAUGUGUCUCAAUUGCCGUGGAUACAAAGUGGCAAUAUAGAAGAUAACAUAUUAUUUGGUAAAGAGAUGGAGAGGGAAAAGUAUGAGAAGGUGCUAGAAGCAUGUUCCUUGACAAGAGACCUUGAGGUUCUACCAUUUGGUGAUCAGACCAUUAUUGGAGAAAAGGGAAUCAAUUUGAGUGGUGGACAGAAGCAAAGGGUACAAAUAGCCCGUGCUCUAUACCAAGAUGCUGAUAUAUAUCUCUUUGAUGAUCCCUUCAGUGCUGUGGAUGCUCAUACAGGAUCCCAUCUCUUUAAGGAGGGCUUGCUUGGCCUUUUGAAAUCAAAAACUGUGAUAUACAUUACUCAUCAAGUAGAGUUCUUACCUGAUGCUGAUCUAAUAUUGGUCAUGAGAGAUGGAAGGAUAACUCAAUCAGGAAAAUACAAUGACAUUCUCCAGACAGGCACUGAUUUUAUGGAACUUGUAGGUGCACACAAAGCAGCUUUAUCUUCAAUUAAGUCCUUGGAGAGAAGACCAACAUUUAAAAUAUCAAGCACCACCAAAGAGGACACAAAUUCAUUAAGUGAUUUUGAACUUGAGCAUAAUGUGGAAAACAUAUAUGAUCAAAAUGAUAAGUUAGAUGACAUGGUUGAGGUCAAAGGACAACUUGUUCAAGAAGAAGAACGGGAAAAGGGUAGAGUUGGGUUUAAAGUAUACUGGAAAUACAUCAUAACAGCCUAUGGAGGAGCUCUUGUACCCUUCAUAUUACUUUCACAAACGCUCACUGUGGGGUUUCAGGUUGCAAGCAAUUAUUGGAUGACUGUGGCAACUCCUGUUUCAGCAACUGCAGAACCUGACGUUGGAAGCUUUACACUUAUGGUUGUCUAUGUUGCUUUGGCAAUUGGAAGCUCCAUUUUCACCUUUGCCAGAGCAUUUCUUUCUGUGGUAGCUGGAUACAAGACAGCCACUAUGCUUUUCAACAAAAUGCAUUUGGGCAUUUUUCGUGCACCAAUAUCAUUUUUUGAUGCCACGCCAAGUGGGCGAAUCCUUAAUAGAGCUUCAACAGACCAAAGCACACUAGAUAUGUACAUUUCAAAUAUAUUAUGGGCAAUUACCUUCAAUCUGGUUCAACUCUUGGGAAAUAUUACUGUGAUAUCUCAAGCUGUAUGGCAGGUGUUUAUAAUAUUGAUACCUGUCAUGGCAGCAUGCAUAUGGUACCAGCGAUAUUAUUCUGCAUCAGCAAGGGAAUUGGCUCGAUUAGUUGGUACAUGCCAAGCUCCAGUUAUACAACAUUUUUCUGAAACAAUUUCUGGAUCAACAACCAUAAGAUGUUUUGAGCAAGAAUCAAGAUUUAAUGACAUGAAUAUGAAAUUGAUAGACAGAUAUUCCCAACCCAAAUUAUACAGUGCUGCUGCAAUGGAAUGGCUGAAUUUCAGAAUGGAUAUUUUGUCAACUCUCACAUUUGCCUUUUGUUUGGUUUUCUUGAUAUCUUUUCCAAAUUCAAUGACUGCUCCUGGUGAGUACUUCAAAAGACAUAAAUUCACUUGUCAUAUUUUAUUCCUUGUGACGCUAAGCACAAAACUUCAUUCAUUUUUCACUUCCAAUUUUUUUUUUCAAGGAAUUGCGGGAUUGGCUGUGACAUAUGGACUUAAUCUAAAUGCUCUACAAGCUAAUAUAGUCUGGUUUCUUUGUAAUUUGGAGAACAAAAUUAUAUCUGUUGAAAGAAUACUUCAGUACACAUCCCUUCCUAGUGAAGCUCCUCUUGUAAUUACAGACAACAAACCGGAUAAUUCUUGGCCAUCAUUUGGAGAGGUUCAUAUCCGGGAUUUACAGGUUCGAUAUGCUCCUCACUUGCCUAUUGUUUUAAGAGGUCUUACUUGCACUUUUACUGCUGGAGCAAAAACUGGCAUUGUGGGAAGAACAGGAAGUGGAAAAACAACUCUAGUUCAAAUACUUUUCCGACUUAUUGAACCUGUUGCUGGACAAAUAUUGAUAGACAGCAUUAACAUCUCUUUGAUUGGAAUUCAUGAUUUGCGUUCCAGACUAAGCAUUAUUCCUCAAGAUCCUACAAUGUUUGAAGGGACUGUAAGAACCAACCUGGAUCCACUUGAAGAGUACACAGAUGAAAAGAUCUGGGAGGCUCUAGAUAUGUGCCAACUUGGAGAUGAAGUAAGGAAAAAAGAAGGGAAGCUUGAUUCCAAAGUUACUGAGAAUGGAGAAAAUUGGAGUAUGGGUCAAAGGCAAUUGGUCUGCCUUGGCCGUGUUCUACUCAAGAAAAGCAAGAUCUUGGUGCUUGAUGAAGCUACUGCAUCGGUUGAUACAGCCACAGAUAAUAUUAUUCAGCAAACUGUUAAGCAACAUUUUUCCGAAUGCACAGUCAUUACCAUUGCUCAUAGGAUAACUUCAAUCAUCGAUAGUGACAUGGUGCUGUUUCUAAAUCAAGGGUUGAUUGAGGAAUAUGAUUCGCCAAAGAAACUGCUCAAGAACAAAUCUUCAUCUCUUGCUCAACUAGUUGCAGAAUACACGAGGAGGUCAAACUCUGGUUUUGGAAAUUAAUCUGAAACUGAAUUGAAAUUAGCCUAAAACCGGAUAUGUUCUUGAUGAUGAGAUAUCUGGUCUUAUUGGAUUUCGAAGGAGUUUAGUGGUUAUUCUAUAUUGGUCUUACUGAGACUUGUAUAUGUCACAUAUUAAUUAUGAUUAAUAAAUUAUGCAUACUUUGUGAACUGUCAUGCAGACUAUUGCAAUGUUAAUAAUCUGAGCCUGUUUGUAAACUCAUCCAAACUCCAAUGGCAAAUGUAUAUUACAGGGAAAAGUUGGUGAAACUCCUCUAAAGUUCCGAGUUUAUGUAAGAAGGCCUCAAAAGAAAGUGGUGCAUAGUGAACAACGUCACACCUAGUUAUAAUCGUUGGAUGUGUUAUUAAAUUAUUAAUAACACAUGAAGAUGGUGAAAAGAUAUUUUCAUCCCUCA